GCGCGUGCCCGCCCCCGGGUAGCUGCUGCCGCCUACGCCGCCGCGGUCACUGCUUGCUGCCCGCCCAGCCCGAGCCCGAGCUCGAGCCCUAGCGGCGCCGGGCCGGACCUGGGGCUCUCAAGCGGCGGCGGCGGGCGGGCGGGCGAUGCUCCAGCAGCCUGAUCAGCCAUGGAGGCCGAGGCAGGCGGCCUGGAGGAGCUGACGGACGAGGAGAUGGCGGCACUGGGCAAGGAGGAGCUGGUGCGGCGCCAUGCGGCUGAGGAGGCGGCGCGCCUGGCCGCACUGGUGCAGCGGGGCCGUCUCAUGCAGGAGGUGAACCGGCAGCUGCAGGGUCACCUGGGUGAGAUCCGCGAGCUCAAACAGCUCAACCGGCGCCUGCAGGCCGAGAACCGUGAGAUACGCGACCUCUGCUGCUUCCUGGACUCCGAGCGCCAGCGCGGGCGGCGCGCCGCGCGCCAGUGGCAGCUCUUCGGGACCCAGGCGUCCCGGGCCGUGCGCGAGGACCUGGGCGGCUGUUGGCAGAAACUGGCCGAGCUGGAGGGCCGCCAGGAGGAGCUGCUGCGGGAGAACCUGGCGCUUAAGGAGCUCUGCCUGGCGCUGGGCGAGGAGUGGGGCCCUCGCGGUGGCCCCGGCAGCGCUGGGGGCUCAGGCCCGGGAACGACGCCCGAGCUCGCCUUGCCCCCCUGCGGGCCCCGCGACCUGGGCGACGGCAGCUCCAGCACUGGCAGCGUGGGCAGCCCUGAUCAAUUGCCCCUGGCCUGUUCCCCCGAUGACUGAAGGAGCUGCUGCUUCUGCGCCGGCCCAGGUUGCGGCGCGAGCGCCGGGAUUGCGGUGGAUCGCCGGACCCGGACGCCAUUCUGGUUCCGCACUAGGGGCCGUCGGCACGUACUUAGAAACCCUGGCACAGAAGGGAGCCCCUCGCUCUCGCCCUCGCCGGCGGGGCAUCAGGGGGACUGUAGGCUGGAGGGGAAGGACUUGCUGGGGGCUGGGUGGGUACUAAUAAACCGGGACGGAAGC